ACAUCACUAAACCAAUAAGUAGCCAUUCGUUGAACAACUUGUAAGUAAAUUUUACAUAUUAUAUUUGUUUAUUUGAAGGGUAAAAAUUGACGAAUACUUCAACGUUUACUAUAUUACUAUUCCUGUUGUACGCUUUUUAUAGCAGCCGAGAAAAAAUGUCGGAUUUGAAAAAAGUUUUUUUAGGUUUACCUGUAUUGUUCUUUAUCGCCUCUUGCUCAUCCAUUACUAAGAAUUCAAAACAUUUAUGUAUUCAAGCGACUGAUAACUGUCCUAAUGAAUAUAUUAAAUUUUAUUUGUAUACAAAUGAAAAUAACACUAUUGAGUUAACGGAAGACUCAAUCAAAAAUAUUACGUUCGCAUCGACUAAUGUUUUAAAAGUUCUAAUACACGGAGUCAAAGGGUCGAAAGACGAUGACUUUAAUGCGGUAAUUAGAAAAGCUUAUUUCUCACAGGCAGAGUAUAACAUAAUCACGAUUGAUUAUUACCCUCUUGCGACUUCUUUGAAAUGUUACGAUGUUGCUGUUCAGAAUCUGCCAGUCAUCGCCAAAUGUUUAACACAAUUUCUGGUUGCGAUCCUCGAUGAAUACGAUCAAUUUGAAUACGUACACGCCAUUGGAUUCAGCUUGGGAGGUCAAAUCGCUGGUCUCGUGGGGAAACUGUUGAAGGAGAAAGGGAAAAUCCUGGACAGAGCUACGGGCCUUGAUCCAGCACUACCCCAUUUUGAACAUUUAUGGAACUUAUUGGACGCAGAAAGUGCGACCGUAGUCGACAUCAUACAUACGAAUUGCGGUCUUCUCGGACAAAUGUUGCCRAUUGGUACAGUUGAUUUUUACGCCAAUGGUGGAAUCACACAGCCCAGAUGUGAUAAGUCUAAUGAUGACUUGAAUAAGUAUAAUAGAUGUUUGACAUGGCAACAUGGCAAUCACAGAUUUUAUUUAAGAUUCAUCUCGAAACAAUAUUUUUGACGAUUUUAAAAUGU